AUGGCGUCAUUAUGCUUCAUGAGGGCUACAGCUGCGGCAAUCACUGGAGCUGAUGUUCCUGCUAAAUGGGCUGCAGCGGAAUACGAAACGUCUGACGCGGACGGACCUCAGGGGGCAGAGAAACGCGCUCACGGUAGUGACUGGAGACUGGUGGCCUACCCUGGCGCGGGUGCCAACAAGCGUGAUCCUCCAGUCACUGCAGCUUGGGCCAUCGAAACAUAUGCGGGCGAUGGUGCAGACGGAGCCGUGCCCUAA